AUGGAGGCCGCGCCCGGGACCCCCCCGCCGCCGCCAUCAGAGUCGCCGCCGCCGCCAUCGCCACCGCCGCCGCCAUCAACGCCUUCGCCUCCUCCGUGUUCCCCCGAAGCCCGCCCGGCCACCCCGCACCUCCUCCACCACUGCCUCCCGCUCCCUGACGACAGGGAAGAUGGGGAGCUGGAAGAAGGUGAACUGGAAGAUGAUGGGGUUGAAGAGACGCAGGACGCCCCAGGGGGACCAGAGAGGAGCCGGAAAGAGAAAGGGGACAAGCACCAUAGUGACUCAGACGAGGAAAAGUCUCACCGGAGGCUGAAGAGGAAACGGAAGAAAGAACGGGAGAAGGAGAAGAGGAGGUCCAAGAAGAGAAGGAAAUCCAAGCACAAGCGCCAUGCUUCUUCCAGUGAUGACUUCUCCGACUUCUCCGAUGACUCCGACUUUAGCCCCAGCGAGAAGGGGCAUCGCAAGUACCGGGAAUACAGCCCCCCGUACGUGCCGUCACACCAGCAGUACUCCUCAUCACACUCUGCACCGUUGCCCAAGAAGUCAUACUCCAAGAUGGAUAGUAAGGGCUAUGGCAUGUACGAGGACUACGAGAAUGAGCAAUAUGGGGACUACGAGGGGGACGAGGAGGAGGACAUGGGCAAGGAGGACUAUGACGACUUCACCAAAGAGCUGAACCAGUAUCGGCGCUCCAAGGAGGGCAGUCGGGGGCGAGGCAGCCGAGGCCGGGGCAGGGGCUACCGAGGCCGAGGAAGCCGAGGAGGAGCACGAGGCCGGGGCCUGGGCAGGGGCAGCCGCGGCCGGGGCAGAGGCUCCAUGGGAGGAGACCACCCGGAGGAUGAAGAGGACUUCUAUGAGGAAGAAAUGGAAUAUGGAGAAGGUGAGGAGCCGAUGGGAGACGAUGAGUAUGAUGAAUACUCCAAAGAACUGAGCCAGUACCGCCGGUCCAAGGACAGCCGAGGCCGAGGUUUAAAUCGUGGCCGUGGCCGUGGCUCCCGAGGUCGAGGGAAGGGGAUGGGCCGGGGCCGAGGACGAGGCGGCAGCCGAGGAGGGAUGAACAAGGGUGGGAUGAACGAUGAUGAAGACUUCUAUGAUGAUGACAUGGGCGACAGUGGUGGAGGCUACCGAAGGAGUGACCACGACAAGCCCCACCAGCAGUCCGACAAGAAAGGCAAAGUCAUCUGCAAGUACUUCGUGGAAGGACGUUGCACAUGGGGAGACCACUGUAAUUUCAGCCAUGACAUCGAACUGCCAAAGAAACGGGAGCUGUGCAAGUUUUACAUCACUGGCUUCUGUGCCAGAGCCGAGAACUGCCCCUAUAUGCACGGUGACUUCCCGUGUAAGCUGUACCACACGACUGGGAACUGCAUCAACGGCGAUGACUGCAUGUUCUCCCACGACCCGCUGACUGAGGAGACCAGAGAGCUGUUGGAUAAGAUGUUGGCUGAUGAUGCUGAGGCGGGUGCCGAGGACGAGAAGGAAGUGGAAGAGCUGAAGAAGCAGGGCAUCAACCCCCUGCCCAAGCCUCCCCCUGGUGUGGGCCUGUUGCCCACACCUCCUCGGCCCCCGGGCCCCCCAGCCCCUACCUCUCCCAACGGCAGGCCCAUGCAGGGAGGCCCCCCGCCUCCUCCUCCACCCCCUCCACCGCCCCCGGGGCCCCCCCAGAUGCCCAUGCCAGUGCACGAGCCACUGUCCCCUCAGCAACUGCAGCAACAGCAGGACAUGUACAACAAGAAGAUCCCCUCCUUGUUCGAGAUUGUGGUGCGGCCCACAGGACAGCUGGCUGAGAAGCUGGGCGUGCGGUUCCCAGGACCUGGUGGACCCCAAGGGCCUAUGGGUCCUGGACCCAACAUGGGACCCCCAGGGCCCAUGGGGGGCCCCAUGCACCCUGAUAUGCAUCCCGACAUGCACCCUGACAUGCACCCCGACAUGCACCCUGACAUGCACCCUGAUAUGCCAAUGGGUCCUGGAAUGAACCCUGGCCCACCCAUGGGCCCUGGCGGCCCCCCAAUGAUGCCCUAUGGUCCUGGAGACUCCCCGCACUCUGGAAUGAUGCCUCCUAUCCCACCGGCCCAGAACUUCUACGAGAACUUCUACCCGCCGCAGGAAGGCAUGGAGAUGGAGCCGGGCCUCCUUGGGGAUGCAGAGGACUACGGGCACUACGAAGAGCUGCCGGGGCAGCCGGGGGAGCCCCUCUUCCCUGAGCACCCUCUGGAGCCUGACAGCUUCUCUGAGGGAGGGCCCUCAGGCCGGCCGAAGCCGGGCGCUGGUGUCCCCGACUUCUUGCCCUCGGCCCAGAGGGCUCUGUACCUGAGGAUCCAGCAGAAGCAGCAGGAGGAGGAGGAGAGAGCAAGGAGGCUGGCUGAGAGCAGCAAGCAGGACCGGGAGAAUGAGGAAGGAGACACUGGCAACUGGUACUCGAGCGACGAGGACGAGGGUGGGAGCAGCGUCACGUCCAUCCUCAAGACCCUCAGGCAGCAGUCAUCCAGCCGGCCCCAGGCCUCUGUCGGGGAGCUGAGCAGCAGUGGGCUGGGAGACCCCCGCCUCCAGAAGGGACACUCCGCAGGAGGCCGGCUGGCUGACCCUCGCCUUAGCCGGGACCCCCGGCUCACCCGCCACGCCGAGGCUGCCGGUGGCGCUGGCCCUGGGGACACGGGGCCCUCUGACCCUCGACUGGCUCGCACCCUGCCAGCCUCCAAGACUGAUGGCAGCACCCAUGCCAACCCUGCGGGCCCCGGCAGCUCCAAGGGGUCUGCACCGCCUCCUGCGGAAGAGGAGGAGGGGGAGCGCGCCUUGCGGGAGAAGGCGGUCAGCAUCCCCCUGGACCCCCUCCCCGGACACCCCCUGCGGGACCCACGGUCGCAGCUGCAGCAGUUCAGCCACAUCAAGAAGGACGUGACCCUGAGCAAGCCCAGCUUCGCCCGCACUGUGCUCUGGAACCCCGAGGACCUCAUCCCCCUGCCCAUCCCCAAGCAGGACGUGGUGCCCCCCGUGCCUGCCGCCCUGCAGUCCCUGCCCGCCCUGGAUCCCAGGCUGCACCGCUCCAGCCCUGCAGGGCCCCCCAACACCCGGCAGCGCGCAGGGGCCUCCUCGGACUCCAGCAGCUCGGGCUCGAACCUGCCUGACUUCGAGCUGCUGUCUCGGAUCCUCAAGACUGUCAACGUCAACGCCCCUGGCGCGGGCGACAAGCCCAGCGACCCCAGGGUGCGCAAGGCGCCCGCCGACCCGCGGCUGCAGAAGCCGGUGGACUCUGCUGCGGCGGCUGCGGCCCGCGUCGCCAAGCCCUGUGCCCCGGAAACCUCGCCCCCCACGGGGAGCCCCAGCCGGGAGUCGUCCCCCCCAGCCACGGCACCCUAUGACCCCCGCGUGCUGGCGGCCGGCGGCCUGGGCCAGGGUGGCGGGAGCGGGCAGAGCAGCGUGCUGAGCGGCAUCAGCCUGUAUGACCCCAGGACUCCCAACACGGGGGGCAAAGCCUCAGAGCCGGCUGCGGAGGCGGGCGCCCAGCCCAAGGGCCCCGAGGGCAACGGCAAGAGUUCAGCCUCCAAAGCCAAGGAGCCCCCGUUCGUGCGCAAGUCAGCCCUGGAGCAGCCGGAUGCGGGGAAGCCCGGGGCCGACGCGGGUGCCGCGGCCACGGACAGGUACAACAGCUACAACCGGCCUCGGCCCAAGGCUGCUGUGGCCUCCACCGCCUCCACCGGCACCCCGCCACCAGAGGGGGCCGCGCCCCAGCCCGGAGUGCAUAACCUACCCGUGCCCACGCUCUUUGGGACCGUGAAGCCCACCCCCAAGUCCGGCUCAGGGAGCCCCUUUGCCGGCAACAGCCCGUCCCGCGAGGGCGAGCCGGACGCGGGGUCCCUGAAAGAUGUCUUCAAAGGCUUUGACCCCACUGCCUCCCCCUUUUGCCAGUAGUGUUGGGGGGGGGCCGUGCUCCCCCCGCUCCACCCCUUCCAGGGUGAGACUUAAGGGCAGUCACCAGAGCUGGGGGAUCCUGGGUGUUCUUUUCUUUUCCCCCCUCUUUUCGUUUCCUCUUACGUAGUCCUUUCUUUGAGACAUAAAUUGUACAUAACACCUCCGUUCUGAUCCGUCACCCCGGCCGGCCGCGGCUGCUGCUGGGGCUCCCAGGGCUCCCGCACUGCUGGACAAGGAAAAGUGGAGUCCACGCGUCUGUCCUGUUCGCUCGGCGUGAAGCCACUGUCACCUCAGGAGAGGAAGCCCUAGAGGUGGCCAGGCCUUCUGGCCCACUCUGUUCAUGAAUUUGCACUUGGGGCUUUGCACCCUCCGUCCAGAGUUCAUCCUGAAAGCAUCACACACCAGCGCCCAUGGGAGACGGGGACAGACGGACCUGGGGUGCAUCUCCCCCAGGAGGAAGCCCCUCGGAGUGUGCUUUCUGUCAGUAUUACCCGUCCUGCCCCAGCCCGCACGCUGUGGGCCGCAGAUGCCCCAGCACUGCCGGCCCCAGCCCCGUCCCCAGAGACAGCUCAAGGAUCCGCAGCGCUGCCACCCGCCGGCCUCCGGAGCAGCGGCCUUGGAGGGCUACGGCCAGGCCCUGGUGCCCUGCCCGCUCUCCCCCUCGCUGCCAGCCCUGCCUCUGUAAGGCUGAGGCAGUGCAGCUUCGCUUCCCCCCCUCCCAAGCCGACAGACCACGGGCUCAGCCGUGAGGCGCAGUGUUGGAUUUGUGGACAUUUGCAGAAGGGGGCCUGAGGAAGGGAGCAAUGUGGCUGGGCCUGGAGGGGACCCCCCACUGCCGUGGGAAGACACCAGCCAUGCUUGAGCAGGGCACAGAAGUUUGCAGUAGCCUUCCCCCCGCC